ACUGGAGGACGAACGGGAGGCAAUUUCCUCGAAAAAAGACAUCMAAAAAAAUGGCGUCUAACAACUGUAACUCUUCAAAUCAUUGGCCAGAAGACGUAGGAAUUCUUGCAUUAGAAGUUUACUUYCCAAAAACGUUUGUGUCUCAAGAGAAAUUGGAGGAAUAUGACGGGGUUAGCAAAGGAAAAUACACCAUCGGUCUGGGACAGCGAAAGAUGGGAUUCUGUGGAGAUCGAGAAGACAUCAAUUCCCUCGCAUUAACUGUCGUUCAUAAYCUUUUAGAGCGGAAUUCAAUUGACCCCAAGACGAUAGGAAGGCUUGAAGUCGGGACAGAAACUCUUAUUGAUAAAUCGAAGUCKGUCAAAACCGUACUGAUGCAGCUUUUUGAAGAGUCGGGUAACAGUGAAAUAGAAGGGGUUGACACUACUAACGCUUGUUAUGGUGGGACACAGGCAUUGUUCAACGCCUUGGCCUGGGUAGAAAGCAGUUCUUGGGACGGCCGUCUUGCAAUUGUUGUCGCAGCAGACAUUGCUGUCUAUGCUGCAGGAAAUGCAAGAAGUUCUGGUGGAGCAGGCGCUGUUGCUAUGCUUAUUGGACCAAAUGCACCAAUUGCCGUUGAACGAGGUCUCCGUGCAGUCCACAUGCAACAUGCCUAUGAUUUCUAYAAGCCAAACAUGUCCUCAGAGUACCCAGUUGUUGAUGGGAAGUUAUCCAUAAAAUGUUACUUUACCGCUAUAGAUCAUUGUUACUCAAGGUAUAAAGACAAACUGAACAAGAAAGAAGGCAAGAUAUCUUCAUUAAAUGACAUCGAUUACAUGGCUUUCCACACUCCAUUUUGUAAGAUAGURCAGAAGAGYCUGGCUAGGAUGGUKUUGGCUGAUUUCUUAGCUGAGACAAAUCCAGAGCAGAAUUUCAAUGGUUAUGCUAGUCUACUAGAGUACAGAGGUCUCACACUYAAUGAAACACUAGAAAAUGAAAGYGUUGCUAAGGACAUUGAGCGGGCAUCAGUAAAAGCCAGUCAAGAUAUCUUUAAUGCUAAAGCAUUACUAUCUCUCAAUAUUGCUCGAGAUGUUGGAAACAUGUACACUCCAUCUUUGUAUUCUGGACUUGUUUCACUACUUUACAGCAUCCCUGCAUCUGAUUUAGCUGGUAAGCGUAUUGGAAUGUACUCAUAUGGCUCAGGGYUAGCAUCAGCUAUGUACUCUUUACGUGUUUCUAUGGAUACCAGCCAUGGAUCUCCAUUGGAUGUUCUCUUGACUUCAGUUCAAGAUAUCCCAGCACGCCUUGCAGCAAGAACUGAAGUCUCACCAGAAGACUUUGUAAAGACUCUUGAAAUCAGGGAACAGGCUUAUCACUCAAGUCCCUAUACUCCUUCUUGUUCAUUAGAGAGUCUCUUCAAAGGAACUUAUUACUUGAAUAAUAUUGAUAAAAUGUAUAGAAGAUCAUAUUCAAGAAUGAAUGAAGACUAUUGAUWGACAUGACUGGCAGGUAAUUUAUUUUGUGCCAAAAAGGUGCAUGCUCCUGUCAUAUUUCAGGUUAGUUAUGCAUAAAUGUUAUGUAUAUAUAACAAUGUUGUAUGUAUUAUUAAUAUUUAUUAUAUAGAUGAUUUCUAACGUGUGUUCUGAUUGGCCAAAAAAGUGUGGUUUAUGAGAGUAUAAACUACGAUUGUACGUGAGCGAUU